CGCGGUACUGCUGCACGAAGAUGGCGGCCGAACUGGUGGAAGCGAUGAACAUGGUCAAAAGUUUCCGGGUCUCAGACCUGCAGACGCUGCUGGCCUCAAUGGGUCGCAGCAAAAGUGGGCUGAAGCAGGACCUGGUGGGGCGCGCGUUGAGGCUGGUGCAGACCGAGUACAGCCCGGAGCUGCUGAAGAACGUCAGGCAACUCUAUGAGUCACGUUUCCCCAAAACAUCUGGUUGGCUGGCGGCAAGGCGUCCAGAGGGCGUCCCAGUUGCCUACUCAUCUCUCAGCUCUUCCCCCACUGCCACCUCUCAGGGCGCAGACUACCUCAACGGCAUUUCCAAACCAAUCCCCACACCUGCAGCAGAGGUCAAGCUGGUACCACUGCCCUUCUACCAAACUUUGGAGACGCUGCUGCCACCAACAGAGCUAAUUGCCCAGAACAAUGAGAAACUGCAGGACAGUCAAUGCAUCUUUGAGUUAACACCGAACCAAGCAGACCAGAUCAGAAAUGCAAGUGAGCUUCGUCCAGGAAUACGAUCGAUCCAGGUGGUUCUUAGAAUCUGUUACACAGACUCUAUUGGUGUUCAGGAGGACCAGUAUCCUCCCAACAUUGCUGUCAAAGUCAACCAGUCCUACUGUCAUGUGCCGGGAUACUACCCCUCUAAUAAGCCUGGUGUUGAGCCUCGUCGUCCUUGUCGUCCUGUAAACAUCACUCCCUGGUUGCAUCUCUCCAAUGUCACCAACAGAGUCACCAUCACCUGGGGAAACUUUGGCAAGCGGUACUCUGUGGCAGUUUAUUUAGUGAGGGUCUUCACCGCAGCAGACCUCUUCAGCCAACUCAAGCUCUGCUCCGUUGAGAGUGCAGAACGCUGUCGUGAACGCAUCCAAGACAAACUACGUUUUGACCCAGAGAGCGAAAUCGCGACCACAGGCCUCCGAGUUUCUCUCAUCUGUCCACUGGUGAAGAUGCGGCUUGGCGUGCCAUGCCGAGUGUUAACUUGUGCUCAUCUCCAGUGUUUCGACGCAGUCUUCUUCCUGCAGAUGAACGAGAAGAAGCCCACAUGGACUUGCCCCGUCUGUGACAAACCCGCUCCAUUUGAGCUGCUCACCAUUGAUGGGCUGUUAUCUGAGAUUCUGAAGGAGACAAGCGAGGACAUUGAGGAGAUUGAAUACUUAACAGACGGCUCCUGGCGACCCAUCAGAGAUGAGAAGGAGAGGGACAGGGAAAGAGAACGCAGCAACACACCAGAGUACCCUGUUGUUGAUAUAUGCAUUCCUGAAGCAAACGGUCAUUCACCGGCCCACAGCAGCACCAGUCUGACGGGCAAAUCUGGAAGCGGUUCGGCGGGGAUGGCGGGAGUCACGGGAGGACCUGCCGUGGCACCGGGAGGAGGUGUGGUGGUAGAUCUGACUCUUGACUCGUCCUCUGAGGAGGAGGGGGGCGGGGCUGGAGGCGACAGCGAGGACACUGAGGACAGCGCCGACAGUCCCGCCCCAAAGAGGGGCCGAUACAACUACGACAAGGACCUAGUCACUGCCUACUGACCCUGCAGCUCUGUCCCCUCAUAGACUGACACACACACACAGACAGAGAGGCAGGGGGCUUGAAACUUGAGGACAGGAACACAGUAAUCCACUAGAUGCAACAACAACCCUCCCUCAUGCCCAGACAUCAGAGCCUUUUAGCAGCUCUGGUUUAUAUCCAGACAAGACAAACACACCCUCAAACAUGCACUGUUAAUGAAUCUUCAGUCUAGAGUGAUAAGGAUUCCUCUUUGUACUGUGCACCACUGGAAGCAACUCUAACUCUUUCUGGCCAAUCGUCACGCAGUGAAUAUCUGUACCGUCCUGCCUCUGCUAAAGAGACUGAAUGGAUUGAGCACCCCACCACACCACCAACACCACCACCACCAUCACCACCCUUGCUUCUCUAUUUCCAGACUAUUCCCUCUCUAACCCCCUCAUCUCUCUUUGUAUAUGACUUGGAAUCGCGGGCUCCUUUUAGCCAUGGGCGUACAAUGUUUGCGUCUCGGAUUUUUUGUCACGUUUGUGAUGAACAGGCAAGUUGAAAAUGGAGGCUCCUCAGUAGUUUUUUUUGUUAGAAGGCGGAAAAACAUCAAAUGAGAAGGCAUGAGUAAUUUAGGGGAGGACAAGGCAGCAAUACCUGGAGUGUGAUGCAAACUCAAACCUCUGCUAUUGUGUUCUUUGUUCACAGAAUGAUUCAAAGCUUGAAAGGGUCUUUUGUUUUUGUUUUUUUGUUGAGUUUUUUCAGGAAUUUAUCCUUUUAAUUUUGAAAAGGCAGAGCGCAGUACUGGCCUCAAUGUGUGAUGCUUUCCAUUUUUAUUUUGUCCUUAGAUAAAGAGAACCUACCUCAGUCAUAAAAAAAAAAAAAAACUUGGCAGACUGACCAGAGCGUAGCUUUGAAAGAAGUACAGGACAGAUGAGUUGACAAGUCUUUCUGAAGCCAAUUUUACACUGGAGAUUGUUUUCCUACAUUUUUUUUUGCUUCGUAUUUUUUUAAUUCCAUCGUUCCAUGCAGCUCUGUCCCCACUGCAGCAACAAAAGAUUUGGUUGAAGAUGAGUUAGUUUGUGGAUCGCUGAGGCUAACUGUAGGUGUGAGUGAUGCAAAAAGAAAAAAGGAAAAAAAAAAACCUAUGGGUGGUCUGUAAAACGAUACUGCAUUUACGAAAACAGGAUUUGGUUGAGUUGAUUUUUCUGAAUCCCAUAUGGGCGUAACAUCAAAAUUACUGUACGGCAGCUGUGCCAAAGCAGGCGUAUUUUAAGAAGUGGCAGACAGGAAAUGGUUUUGAGGUUUUGGUGCCUUUUUUUUUUUUUUUGUGUUGUUGUUGAGUGGUGAAGAUUGGAGCCCAUUGUUUUAAGGCCAGUUGAGCUGGCUUGGUUGAGGAGACCCCAGUCUGAGGGAAGGUGUUUUAAUUCCAUUUAUAAGUUUCAAGUCAGAGAAACGGACAGAAGAACAUUAUUAGAAGUGCUGUAACCCUUUUUAUCACACAUUGUGUUUCUGCUUUGAAAGAAUUUAUUUAUUUGCUUUACAUUCUCUUAACAGUCGUUUCUGGUAAAUCCACAUGAUAUCUGGCUGUAGUUUUGUACAGACCGUAGCUGUUGAUUGCAGAAAUCAGGGCAACCUCUGCUGCUGGGAUUUUGAGUGUAGACGUAUAAUUGAUCCAGGCUCAUGGCUCUGCUUUGGACGAACGCUGCUUUUCUUUCCCCCUCUGAAUGAAUCCGACCCGGGUCACAGCAGCCAUUCAGAGUACUUUGCUCGCGGUGGGCUGGACACGUCUGACGCAACGAAACUUAAUGAAGUGUCAGUUCGUGCAACCACACCGAGUUCAGAGUCAUUGAUUGGGUUACAAAUAGUCCUGUCUGGAGCGAGCAGAGUUCCUUCGUCCAGCAAACCCCUCUCUGCCUCCUUUCAAUGUAGAUAAGGUCGUAUCUAUUUGCUGGAAUAGAAUUGGACUUUAAUUGCUACAUGCUGUAGGCUUACGACUAAUAUUCCUCUGCACCUGCACUAAUAUUGUCAGUAUGUGACGGCUGCUCCUCAGAUAGGGGUAGUUGAGGGGGGCUUUAGAUUCGUCUUGCAGGAAGAUCAUCAGCAUUUGUGUGGCGAUAAGACAAAAAGGUGUUUGCUGUGUUGCUAGAGCUGUUUGCACUUUCAUCCGAUACCAUCCCGAGUUUAUGGCUUAUUUAUUUGAAAGCCCUCUUGUAGUGAGUAUUAAUCGAGGAUCCCUGACCGUCGUGACCGCUUCAUCUUGUGCAUAAGAAUCAGAAAAUGUGAAACCUUCUUCACUGUGUGACACCUGGAGGACGCGGGGGGGUAAUGACUCGGGAGGAGUUCUGCAUGGCGUGCUUCCCUCCAUCACCACCCCUUCUGUUUGAUGGGCACAGGGUCGGGUUUUCGUUUUUUUUUUUGCCUUGCUCAGAUGCACAGAGAAAUUUCCAUUUACACAUUGAUCCAGGGCCUCACUGUUGCAAGUGCAUCCUCCGAUAGCGUUGACGGUUGAAAAAGUAGAUUGAGUCUAAUCUCGUCUUCCAUUUUUCUCCUUCUUUUGACAGCUUAAAAAAAAUCGAUAUACAUAUGAGAAAGAAAAAAAAAUAAAAUCCGGGGAUCCACACAAAAUUGAUUGAUGGCACUUUGCCUGUAAUACAUCAGAGUCUGACCCUGAAAAGGAUAUUCUAUACAAGACGCUUUGAAGCAAAAUGUAAAGAACUCUAAUACCUGCCUCGAACUGGGCUAUUUGUAAGUAACUGCUAUACAUAUGAAAAUGACUUUGUUCAUUUGUUGCUAGGUAUAGAAGGUCAUUAUUUGAGUGGAUCUCCUGAACUUCUCAUGAUCUUAUGGUUAAAGGUGAGAAGCGGUGCAGGUUGCUACUGUGGAACUGAGCCAGAGAAGGUUGCAGGUUGUUCUGGAGCUUGGGAGAGAGAGAGAGAGAGCGAGCUGAGGGUCUGGUCUUUUUGUAGUGGCAUCUCUUCUUCUUCUUCUUCUAAUGCAUAAGGUAGCAUGGGCAGAGGCUUACAAUCCAUGAUGUAAAUGUUUUUGUUUGUUGUGUUUUUUAUAUGUUCAUAUUAAAAGACAAUAAAAUUUAAAUAUUUUAUUAAGCCUUGAAUUGCCUCCAGUUGUUCCUAUAGGCAAACGGACAAUAAGAAGCUGUUGGGGGCAGCAGCACUGGAAGCUGAUGCCACUGAGAAACUGGGAGGACUGGUCAAGGUGUGGAUUGUUAUGUCCUGUACCAAAUGCUCAGAUCUGGGGACACAUUUGAUGCCUGUUGAGGAUAAAACUGUAAAGUUUAAAAUGAUCGUAUUCUAACAGCUGUUAUUGACGUGUGGAAUUAAUUAAAAUCAGUUCUUAAAAACCC